GACGAAGCAAUACAAGAUAGUGAUGUUAUCACACGUUUCACUUACCGUCUUCCAGAAUGGCAGAAUGGUGUUUUAUUUCAUUAUUCGAUGCCUAUUGUGGAUGAUGAUAGUUUGAAUGUGCUUUUCGAUUUUAUGGCACAAAACCCUUAUUGUUUGGGUGCUGAGAUACAUGCUGAGCUCAGUGAGAAUCGGGAUGGAGAGGAAGAAGAUACAUGGAGCAUGCCAUCCAAUCAUGACGAUGUUGACGGAGAGGAGGAUGAUGCGGAAGAGGAGGAGGAGGAAGAUGGCGAAGGAGAGCAGCCUAAUUAUCCUCCAUAUUUUUACUUGCAGGGUAAUGAAGAGGACGACGAAUUAUCAUAUGCUGAUUCAUAUGGCGUAAUUCCAAUGCCUGUUGUUGCUAGUUUUGGAGAAUUCUACAAGGGGCAAAUAUUUCACUCGAAACAAGCUGCACAGAUGGCGGUUAAAUACCACGCACUACAACGCAACUUUCAAUAUGGCGUGGUGGAGUCGUCACCUUCAAUCUGGAAGGUCAGAUGCUUGAGGCACAAGGAUGACAAUUGUCCUUGGAUGGUGAGAUGUUGGAAGCGAAUGGACUGUUUGAAAGGCCGAGUUGGUGCAUUCUUGUAGCAGUACGACUCAACUGACGGAUCAUCGCCAUCUUGAUGUCAAUAUUAUAUCUGAGGCCGUCAAACAUUUGGUACGUGCCCAACCAAAUCUGAGAGGUGGUGCAAGAGGAAGUAGUGGUAAUAGUAGUGGUAUGUAGUUUCGUCGAAUUUUUAUCAAAUGUAUUUGUUGUUGUUUUUCAUUUAGUUGUUAUGGUUUGAAGUAGUGGUUGUAUUUCUAUGCGUAGUUUGUUGUUGUUGGCCAAAUUAUAAAAUGUCCGAGUUGUU